CGAUCACACCUCGACUCUUUGCCGUACGUUGGUCCAUCGGCUGCUAUACCUCCGUAUCCGUAGCCCGCCCUUCUUCAUUGUGCUGCUUCCGCUUCCAAAAGGGGUGAUACAUCCUUGCGGACCAUUCUUCCACCUUCGUCGGCCGCCUGCCAACCUCAUCUCCCUGCUGCGCUCAAACGGCAGAGCUCCUUUGCCUUUUGCACCAUUCGCCAUGCCUCAUUGAGACACGUCAGGGAUUCGAUGCGCUCUUAAUCUGCUCUACCUAUCCUUCGCAUUCGGCCAUACCUUCACCUUGGAUUCUCGAAUACAUUGGCCUCCUCUCUCGCUGCCGUCAUGACGGAGUCGACGGCAGGAGCCAUGCUCUCACUACCCCCCCUAAGCGCCUCUAUUCCAGAAGGUACAUCUUCCCUACGGCCUCAACCAGCACGUGCUCUGAGCAAUCUCAGCUCUCGAUCGUCCUCUCCGCACCCCUCCUCCCCUUCUACCCUCGCUACAUCCCCCUUCCGCGAGACUGGACCAAGCGAUUCGGAGAGAGACACCACUCACAGUCUUCGACUUCACGGCGAUCGCAGUAGUGCCUCCCUAGCGCCCCCUACGCCUACUCAAGCGGGUGACACAGGAGUCAAGUCACUCAAGAAGCGACCUUCUUUCUUUGAAUACGUCCGACAGAGAUCCAGCAAGCAGAAUCUCAAGGGCGGCUGGGAAAGCACAGAGCAUGCGACAGCCCAUCAGAAUGGCCAUUGUCACCAGCAGCGGUCUGGCAGUCCACAACCUUUGCUCGACGAGAGCGAUGCGGGCUCAAAACCGAUAGUCGCCCAGUAUGGAGGCACGACAGCGUCUUCUUCAGGGCAUGGGUCCUCGAUGUCUCAUCACGGUGUGCCCCAACGCAUGUCAAGCAGAGAUUUUCGGCAGCAUGCUAACACAUCGAGCGAAUUACUCAUCCCAAGCGAGACUUCCCCAAGCAGCAGCAGCGCAGCUGGCACGAUGGGCCCUCACGAUAGCGAAAGUCAUCUGCAACAGCCCAGCAUUGCCUACUCGGACGGCCAAAUACCUUCUGGCUCUGCACAAGUCUCCAUGCGCGAGAUCCGUCGCGCAGCUGCCUCGAAGCUGGACGCAUCCCAGGAAGCACCCCCUAGACGUCUCUCUAUGCUCGUUCCCCCGGGCUACGCUGCAGCUUCAGCAUCAUCCUCUCCGAGUAGCUCACGUCGUCCGAGUGCAACUGGUCUUGCGCCGCUGUCGCCUCGCUCGCCGGUGAUGAGCCGCCUGUCGAGGGGCAGCGACGAGGCUGCGGAAGAUGAUGAUUCCCACGAUGAAGCGGAAGGUAGCACUGCCCGCAACACUGCAGCCAGAAGGCGAUUGACGAUGAUGGACUUCCUGUCUACUGGUGAAUCAUCGGGCCCAUCUGAUCCACGCGAUGUGCCUACGUCUGCCGCCUCGACCUCUGCAACACCAACGUCCUCCAGAUCGGGCCCCUUCGAGUCUCUACGGACAUCACCUACUCGCAUCAGACAAAGGCCCAAAUCCCUCCUAGUGGACCCAUCUGCACACAACGAAGCGGGAGCCGAGCCCACUCCGGCAUCUACACUGGAUCCGUUCCUUGGCAAUAGGUCAGCCAACGGCUUCGCUCGCAAACAUCCCCUGCGGGUAGACACUUCUACGUAUACCACUGAGGCCCCUGCGCAAGCUUCGCAAAGGCGCACAGCGGACGAAGGUGUGACUCUGUCAGUCAAGCCGAUGACGGAUAUAAUGACGAUGUUCGGGUCUACACAAACGAGCGCAAACUACUCACUCUCUGGCAGCGUUGAGAUCUCUCUGCCUCGCCCUCAGAGGAUGGAAAAGGCACUGAGAACGGGAGUUGUCCAAGGAAGCGGCUCGGAUCGUUCGUCUAAAACUGGGCAACCCGUUGCAGAGGAACCGAGUGGUAGCCUGCCUGGUGGAGUUGCAAAUCAGGAUGGCAAUCCAAUUUCCUCCCCACUUCAAGAAGCCUCGCAGCCCGACCUACAAGCGCCAAUGACGGUGAAGGAACUACAUAUCGCCUUCAAUGGCUACUCGACCUAUGCAGAUCACUCAGGCCGCUACUCUGGCAUUCGGCUCUGCGAAGUGAAGCAAGACUUGCUCCCAGCGGAGGCUACUUUGCCUCUUCCAGCCGACCUGCAGCCAUCGCAGCAACGGCGGGGCAGUGCCGAGACAUCGCCCGAAGAGCCGCUGAAGUACGAAAUCCAAUUCGACCUGAGUGUGCCUGGAUGGCUACCUGGGAGCGCCUACUCUCGCUUUGGCUCGACUUUCUACUGCCUCAGUGCGACUGCUAUCGUGCUGGAUAGCUCUGGUCGAGAGAUGCUUGUACGCGGCGCUACCAGAGACCCAUCCUCUGCCUCUUCAAAUACUCGAAGCAUGGGAUCGGCCAUUGAUGACCGUGUCGCGAGCCAGCGACGCACGAGUAGUCCUUUGCUAGGACUUGUCACAUCUCCAAGUGAGGUUCGUGGAGGACGCAGUGGCAGAAGUAGUCCUACCGGCCCAUCGGAUGGCUUCAACGAGCUGGUCCGUACGGUCAGCGAGACCGGCAAGGUGCAAUUGCAGCCGGUGCCGAAGCAGAAGAGCAAGCCGAGCUGGUUGACGCAGAAGGCCAAGGCGAUCUCACUCAAAGCCAGAGCCACCUCAUCCAGUGCAGCUAGCGGAAGCGGCAGUGUCGCAGCGGGCACUCGAGGCGGUACCAGCCCUGUAGGUCGCAUCACGAUCCCGCGCACUGAUCAAGCAGGCACCAGAAAGCUGCCAGAUGGGACUUACGAGGUCAAGAGCAAGAAGCAGCUCAUCAUUCUUCGCAGGUGCCGAGACGUCGUCCCUGUUCCAGUAGCGCGUAUGGCGAUCCUAGGCGAUAAUGUUCCAGCUGGUGCUCAAGAUCUCCCCAGAACAGUGUUGCCUGUGGCUUCAAGAAUACUUGACAGCAAUACCGUUGUGGCGCCUCCGACGGCUGCGCCAGCGACAAUGCUAGAGCCUGCUCAGGCUGCUGUGCAGCCAGCGAGGGAGUCGGAGCCAGCAACAGAGGCAUCCCAUCCAAUUCGAGCCGUCUCGCAACCUCCACCGAUUGCUACUGAGACUGCUGCCACUGUCGCUGCAGCUCCAGCAGUGUCUGCGCCGGGAGCUGACAUUAGUGCCCCAGUAACAGAAUCCAACACGGAAUCAGUUCCUGAUAUUGCUGAUGCAACUCCACCUGCUGCAGCUUCGAUCCCUCCCAACCCUGUACCGUCUCCUUCGACAGCUCUCAAUGCGCCUUUUGACCCAGCCAAGGCACCUAGCAUCAGUCAAGCUCCGGAUGCCCCAGCAAGGACGAGUUCCACUGCAGACCUCUUGGACCAGUCAGGGCCGCGGACUACUACCUCCUCUUCGACAGAUGGAGGAGUUCCGAUGCGACACUUCCUGCAUCGACCAAUCUUGCAUCCCCCCGUUGAUUCCGGCAUUCAGGAAGGCCAAGGGCUGCCGUUCAGUUUGACCAUCUCAGUACCUUCUCAUAUCCAGGUACAAGGCGCAGACGUGCUCACCUUUGGUGUACAGGUCGAAGUUGGUCGGUCUUUUGGCUGGGCCAAGGUCAGAGAGUUGGGUGGUUUGCGUCUGAGGGACAUGGAGCUGGUCUGUCUACAGACUGAAAGGCAUACAUCAGUCCCUUCGAGGACUUUCUGCUCCACCUUCCCUGUACCUGCCGAGCCCAAGAUUGCAGCAGCGGAUCUGCCCAUAGUACCCGAGUACACACCGCCCAUCAAUAAUCGCCGUGUAGCCUCUUCGCAAGAAGCCAGGGUCAGAAUCGGAUAUGAUCCGGCCCCCAUUGCGACGUACCUUUCCAUGGCGGAAGCUGGUAACCCCGCACCUGUCGAGAACAACGAGGUCGAAAGAGUCAGAGCAGGCGUCGUGGGCCCACCUCCGAACUUCAAGGCGAACAAACAACGAGAGAGGAUCUUCGAAGAUGGGUCAAGCAAGGGCAAGGAAAGACGACCGGAGCAGGCACAGCGUAGCAGCAAUGCUCGAGCGCUCAGCGAUGAGCCACCUCCAGGUAGAGCCAGCGGAAGUCGCAGAGUAUCUGCCGCCACAUCUGGUGCUACGUCAUCAGGACGAAUGACCAGCUCUGCAUCUACUUCCCAAGGUCUUGCUGCCGGCAAUUCUGUCGAUGGGGUCGGCUCGACUAGUCGCAGACCUUCCACUCGAGCUGCUAUUCCCGCCCUUUACGGCGUCCCUUCCGCCCCGGCGUCUGUCCCGCGAGGUCAGUCUGAGGCAAACGAUCACACCAGCGCUACUCGACCAGCGGAAGGUCUGGGAGCGGGUUCUGGCGCCGAAGGCGGUGCAUCCAGCGGAGCAGAAGCUGCCAGUCCAGAUGGUAGGAGAAGCGGACGCGGACGCAGAGCUUACGAAGCGACAAUUCGAGGUCUGAGCGCCUUUGCUACCGCCAUGUUGGAGGCAGGAUUUGAGGAAGCCGGGCCUUCGACACCCUAUGCGCCUCUGGGAGGACAACAUGAUUCUUUCCCCAAUGGGGAUCAGCCGAGAGCGUCCUACAGCUUCCAAGGCGACGACGGGCAUGGUGUCGAUCUUACGAAGGGCCGGGUGAGGAUGACCGUCAAUCUACCUUUGGUGUCCUCUUCGGCCACUAUGGCUCGGAGGGAGGCCAGCCCGCAACUUCUGCCGGACUACGAGUCUCCACACAUGCGCGUCAGGCACAAGCUCAAGGUCAAAUUAGGCUUUGGAUUCGGACCCAAGCCAUUGGCGGGUGAUGGAGAGUGGGGCCAGUCUCUGGUGAUGUGUGUGCCAGUGCGCUUUACAGACGCUCCUCCGAAGGAGAUCAGUGACCAAUUUGCGCCUAUGCCUAUCACCAUGACGUCCGCUGGGGAAGCCGAUGCGGGAGUUAUUCAGCCGAUCAUCUCUAUGGCGGAUCCCAACAGCGCUCCCGUUCUGCCUGCUUAUACGCAGUUGUUCAGAGACGAUGGCUCCCGACUGAAUGAGGCAGAGGAUCUUCCCGCCUAUCCGGGACCGAGAAGAGGUGGAAGCGCAGCCAAUGGGAGCGGCGGAGUGGCCAUGAGACCGACUCUGUCUUCUAGAGGAUCUGUCACUGGUCCUCCACGUCUCACUAGGAGGGGGACUUACGGCGAAGUAGGAAGAGGCGGUGCCAGACCCACCCUCUCAGCGCGCGGCUCUGUCACAGGUCCUCUCCUCCCUCGCGCCUCGACCAACAACGGCAGAGGCGUCGGAGAUGAAGAGGAUGAUGACGAGCUCGAGCUCCCCUUGGAUAAUUCUCUGGCCCCAGAGCAGGUGGUAGAUGAAGCACUCCGCAACAUCACCGACCCGGAUGAGUCUAGGGCGGAGAUGCGGGAGCAGGAGAGGGAGAUGGCGGAGCUGGAGAGCGAAAGGGACUUGAUGCUCUCUGCUGCUGCCUUGAGGGAUGAAGAGACGAGGGCAAAUACAGAGGAGAGCAGCGCUGAGGGUGAUGGUGAAGGGGAGGGUGAGGAUGAGCCAGCAGCCAUUGUCAGGUUCGAGUCACCGCAGGGCGUAGACGAGGGAGGGGACGAGGUAAACGAGAGCUUCUUGGAUGCCGACGAGGUUGACAGGCUCACAGGCACAGAGGCUGGCUUGACUAUGUCUCCUUCGACGUACGAAGCCAGGACGCGCCAAGGUCGAGGUGAGGCUGGUUUGUCCGGGCUUGGCCAGUGAGCUCCAUCGGCCAUCAGCAAGUACGGCAUUCAGCGCGGCAAUGCUCGAGAAUGCCAGUUGAGUCCAUGUUCUUCUUCUUCGCCCUGUACGGUUGCUUUGUCAUCUCUGCUCUUCGCUUGUCUGGUCUGCUUCUUGGUGCGCCUUGCGAUCCCAUGUACGUUAUAGCGUCCUUGGCUCAGCAAUACAGUACGCUCAUGUCGUGCCUUUGCACAAAGCUCA